CUAGUCGAAAUUGUCCGUUGAAAUGCACGGCGGCCUAAACAGUGAUAGACCGACCGGGGCCAAAUAUUUAGACUAACUGCUUGCAUUUUUGCCGGCAUGCUAACUGGCUAGCUAAUGUUUUUAAAUAAAUACAUUCAUAACGAUGCUCACUUAAUUAGCUACGUUACUUACAAACAAGCAGUGCAAUUUCCACAACAGCGUUGGAUGCAAGCGGAGAGGAUGGUUUUACCUCCGGUGUUCUGAAUUAUUGUUAUUUUAAUUCCUAAACGUUUAAUUUCUUAUUGGAUACCGGUGUCGUGGAAAAGUAGCUAGCCUACAUGAGAGCGGUCUUCACUUUUCUGGCUAGCUAACUACUACAUAACAGUUGCGUGGUCGGCCAGCUGUGACGUUACUAGCUAGUGAAGAUAUAACGUUACAAAUUGUCCAAAUAGUUCGCCAUCUCGGAAGCUAAUUUGGUGAUCUUGCCAAUAAAAAUUUAAAGGAACGCGCGUCGCUAGCAAGCUAAAGUAUCGUAAAGCUACAAACCAAUUAGCGCUGCUAACAGUGAAUUCUCGUAUCGAACGAACAGAGUGGAGGUGCAUUGUAAGUCCACAACAGCUAGCUAACAAGAACCUGCGAAGCUAUCCAAGAAGUGGAUAAAAAUUGGCCGGAAAUUGGCUGGGAAAGUGGAAACUAUUAAAAUUGGCCUUCUACAGUAGCCAUGGACAAAGGCGAUGCUGUUCAAGAGCAGGAAAAUGGUGAUCCUGUCACAGAACUGUUGAAGGAAUCUAUGACACCACCCUACAGGUACACUAAGGAGGAACUUUUGGAAAUCAAGGAGCUGCCAUGCUCCAAUGAAAGGCCAGAAUGUCUCUCUGAGAAAUAUGACAGUGAUGGUGUCUGGGACCCGGAGAAAUGGCACGCUUCACUGUAUCCCAGCUCAGAGAGAAGCUCACCAGUGGAAGGAAGUAAAAAAGAGUAUGUGGAUGACAGGGUACUUUUGAAACGUAGAAUUGCAGACCCCCGUGAACGGCUGAAGGAGGAUGACCUGGAUGUUGUUCUCAGUCCUCAGCGUCGUAGCUUUGGAGGGGGCUGCCAGGGUAGUGGGGCGUCUGUUCCCCCUCCCCGUAGGGCUGGCAGCCCCCUUGAAAACAAGGAGAAUGAGACGCUGCGACUGGGUGGGACAAGGCGCAUAGGCAGUGGUCGCAUCAUUGCAGGGCGUGGCUUUGAGAGAGACGCCCGCGUUGACAAGGAUGUCCGGGAGCGGGAACGAGACUACAAGGACAAGCGAUUCAGGAGGGAAUUUGGAGAUAAGCGAGUGUUCAGCGAGAGGAGAAGAAAUGACUCUUGUGCAGAAGAGGAGCCAGAGUGGUUUUCAGGAGGUCCCACCAGUCAGUCGGAGACUAUUGAGCUUAUUGGUUUUGAUGAGAAGAUACUGGAAGAGGAUAAACGGCGACCGAAACGUCCCCGGAAGCGAUCCGAGUCUGUGAGGGAAGCCAUAGAGUGCAAUGGCGGUUUGGCUGAGGAACCGGAGCUGGAGAAGCAAACCACCGCGGAUCAGGAGGUUCCACGCAGUGAUGUACGUCCAGAGCUUGCAGCUGGGGAAUUUGACUUCAAUGAGUUCUUCAACCUGGAGAAAACCAUGCCUGGCUUGGCAUCGAUGAUUGAGGAUGUGUUGGGCGAGGGACCAGUUUCAGCCAGUCGAUUCAGUCGUUGGUUUUCGAGCAACGCAAGCCCAUCUGGGAGUCGCUCCAGCAGCCUACGCUCCACCCCUCAUGAGGAGCUUGAGAGAUUGGCAGGCCUGGACCCACGCUGUACUUCCCCUGGUCACACCCUUGCCCCCUACUUCACUCCCAUCCAGUCUGUCGAACGGAAGGAGAAAGUGGACAUUCUAGAGCUGCUGCACAAGGCAAAGAUUGACCUCAAGCCCUUGCUGUCCAGCUUGUCGGUCAAUAAAGAACGGUUGCGUGAGAGCACUCACUCAGGAGUGGUGCUCUCCCUGGAAGAAGUGGAGGUGGGUCUAAAGGGUCUUAAGGUUCAGGCUGAUCAGCAGCAGUGUGGUGGGGGAACACCCUUCAUGGCAGAACACCUGGAGGAGGCACUGACUGGAAGGGUCAGUGCGGCCCUCCAACCUCGAGAUGCUGACAUGUCUGCCUUCAACAAGCUUGUCAGCACCAUGAAGGCAAGUGGCACUCUGCCCACCCAACCCAAAGUCAACGCCAACAACCAGCAACCGCUUUCAGACCACCCACUGGCUCCUUUGCCUGAAGCCCAAGUGCCCUCAGCACAGCAGAAGAACAUCUUGCAGGAAAUCUUGGGUCCCCAGGGCCCGCCUCGUGUGAGCUCUCCCAAUCUCUUGAGCAACCUGAUGGGCAGUACUGAUCCUGGUCCUGGCAUGCAGAAGCAGAGAGGCCCCUCACCACCACUAUUCCCUCAGAGGGCGCCAUCACCUGAAUUCUUCUCUGGACGCAUGCAUCCUCGAGCCAUGUUCCCUGGUGGCCCUCAGCCCAUGCUAGGAGAGCAGUUUCCAGAGCUCCACAGACCUAUGAGUCCUGGACCAACCCUGCAGCAGAUGAGGGCCCUCUCGUUAGGGGUGGACCAGGCCACACUGGAGGCUUUGGCAUUUCAGCAGGACCUCGCUCUACAUGUGCGCCCACCCUACCAAGCAGGCCUGGACAAGCUGGCCCAGGAAAAGGCCUUUCGGAACAGCAGACAGCCCAGGAUGAACAGGUCACCUGGUCCAGGCAGCCAUCGAGCUGGCAGCAGUUCCCCUGGAAACACAGUCACCAGCAUGCUGUCACCAUCGUUCACGCCAACCUCUGUCAUAAGGAAGAUGUAUGAGACCAAGGAGAAGAGUCGUGAUGAACCCAGUGGUUGCCUAGAUGGCAAAGAGAACAUUAGACGCUCACAGGAUGAAAACAGCAGCUCCCCUAGCUCCUUCUUGGACAGUGCGGAUGGCAACAGCUUGCCUGCUGGGGGCAUGAAGACGGGGUUCCCUCGAUCUACCUGCUCCACUCCUCUUUCUGGCCAGGGCCGGCACUCCAAGGACCCAGAUCGGACUCGGCCAAGCUCCUCCGGCCAACACACCCCCACACUGGUGUCCCCUGGCUCUGCAUCUCCCUUCCCUCGGCCCGUCUACCCUGUGCCGUUGCUAUCCCAUGUGCCUUUGGUGCGGCCCCCACCACACCAGCUCCCCCCCAGUGUGGUGCAGCGGAUGAUAGCCCAAGGCAUGCAACCCCAACAGCUGCCCCCUUCCCUUCUGCAGGCUGGCAUUUUUCCACCAGGUGUGGACCUCUCCCAGUUACAGGGGCUGCCCCCUGCCCUGUUAGGGCAGUCUUUCUACCCAAUUGGAGCUGCAGGACACCCUCUUCUGCCCCCCCGUGCUGGCACUCCCAUGCAGUUUACAGUCAUGCAGCAGCCACUGCAGCAGAGACAAGUGGCACAGACAUCUGUCCCUGGCUCUCACCCGGCCGGCUCACUGUCACAGAGCCAUGGACCACACCGGACAGGCCACCCCCAGCGCCGAGGAGGCAGCCCCCCCAUGGGCCUGGCCAAGUGGUUCGGCUCUGAUGUCUUGCAGCAACCCUUACCCUCCAUGCCAGCCAAGGUCAUCAGUGUGGAUGAACUUGAGUUCCGUCAAUGAGGCACCAAGAGCAGGACAUGAUACAAAGCAGAACACAGGCUUUUUUUUCUUUUCUUUUUUUUUUUUGUGCAACAAUGUGAAUUUUGUUUUCUAUAACAGAUGUACAGAUUGUGAAGCACUCGGUCUGUUUCCGUUCUUCGUCUUAUACCUGGAGGGAGUUGUAGCCGGGUGGUUUAGAUGCAACAACAUUGAGCAGACAAAAGAACGACAAGUACUUGGAAGCCUUUUUUUUUUUUUUUUAAUAUACAUUUCUUUUACCCCUUUUGGGGUUGCAUAGUUUUGUAUUGGAAAUGUGUGUAGGUGGGAUUUUGUAAUAUGAAGAAAAUGAUGUAUGAGCCCAAUUUGUACAGACUGCGGGUUUUUUUCUUUCAUCGUGUACAUAGAAAUGCUUUUUUUUUUCUGUUGGAAAUGCCAUCCUGCUGUAUAGAUAGUACUACUUGGGACAAUUGAGUAGAACAGCCAAGUAAGAGUGGAGACUUGGUUCAAUCCUGUCAUGCUUAGCUAUAUAAUUUUGCUCCUGAUGGUUUUGAUUUGCUGCUCUGAGCAAGAUGGUGCUUGUCAUUGACGUAGUGAUUCAUUGGAGAGCGGAAAUGUCCUGUGAGAAUUUUUUAUUUAACAUGCAGCCUAUUUCCCCCCCCCCCCCCCCAACGUAAGAUGUUAUCCUUUCACUUCUGUCCACCCCCCUCAAAUGUCUUUCUGAAAAGGCUCUUUGGAGAUUCGGGCCUGUUAUGAUUGGACCACCUCCAGCCCAUGACUGAAUGAGAGGUUGAGUGGACAGGAUGAGGAUCUCCAUAUAGCCCUUAACUUUUCAGAAGCAGUUUGUAUUGAGAUUAUUAUUAUUAUUUUUUUUUUUUUGUGACCUCUGGGCAGUUAUGUGAUUGUGCCUUUCUCUAUGGCUGUUUUCUGCUUCCCUCUUUGUCUCCCCACAGUCACUGGAAGUGAAGCGCUGCUCUGGAUCACAUCAAUUUCUUUUUGGGGUGGUAGAUUAAAUUUGUUUAAAGUAUAUACUAUGUGCUAUUAAGUAAAAGGGCACAAAUAGAAUUGAUAAAUAAAAAAUAAAAAAAAAGUUCAAUAAAAAUCACUCACAUAGAA